CCGGGUACCUCACGGAUCAGGCGUUUCAGAGAUUAAAGUCUGUUUGAACAGCUGCUCGUAGUCAUAGAUCAAACUUUCAACAGGUGUCAGUAAGAGCCAAUAAAACGGAUCAAGGAUUCUAUUUCUGAAGCAAAGAACCUUUAAGGAGAGUGUGCCGAAAACCCGUAUGACAUCACUACGUCCAUCCUUUUCUCCACAUUUCGGGACUGUAACAAGUGCUUAAUCCAGGAGAAGGACCACAUAAAGAUUACUUAUAUUUUCAGAAAAAGUACGACGUUUUGGUGAUAUAUUGGAUAAAGUUAUCGACGAUUUAGGUAUGGAAGUCGCAGCCGAUCAAUCUCGGUGGAUGGCGCAUCAUCACGCCGUGUUGAAUGGGCAGCACCCAGACUCGCAUCACCACAGCUUGGCCCACAACUACAUGGAGCCCAUGGCGCCGCUUUUGCCCCCAGACGAAGUGGAUGUGUUUUUAAACCACUUGGACUCUCAGGGGAACCCCUACUAUGCCAACUCCCGGGCCAGGGUUACAUACAGCCAGGCACAUGCUCGCCUUGGGAGUCAGGUUUGCCGGCCACACCUAAUCCACAGCCCCGGCAUUCCGUGGCUUGACAGCGGGAAGGCGGCCCUCUCUGCUGCCCACCACCAUAACGCAUGGGCGGUCAGCCACUUCAGCAAGCCAGGAAUGCAUCCUGCUAGCUCCGGCUACCCUUGCAGUAGCAGCUCCAGCACUGCUCCGGUAUCUUCCCUCACCCCUGCGUCCCACUGCAGCCCGCACCAUCUCUACAGUUUCCCUCCUACGCCUCCCAAAGACGUGUCCCCGGACCUCGGCCCUGCUUCUCCAACCUCCACCUCGACAAGAAUGGACGAGAAGGAGUCCAUCAAAUACCAAGUGUCACUGGCAGAGGGAAUGAAAAUGGAGGGUUGCAGUCCUCUCCGCAACAGCCUGGCUUCGAUGAGUGCCCAAACUCCCGCAACACACCACCCCAUCCCGACCUACCCAUACUCUCUCCCAACACCACACGAAUACGGCGGCAGUCUCUUCCACCCCGGUAGCCUGCUGGGUGGAUCUUCAUCCAGCUUUACGCCGAAGUGUAAAAGCAAAGCCCGGUCGUGCUCAGAGGGGCGCGAGUGUGUCAACUGCGGUGCCACCUCCACCCCGCUGUGGCGGCGGGACGGGACGGGCCACUACCUGUGCAAUGCCUGCGGCCUGUACCACAAGAUGAACGGCCAGAACAGACCUCUCAUCAAGCCCAAACGCAGACUGUCCGCUUCGAGACGAGCUGGCACCUGCUGCGCUAACUGUCAGACCACCACCACCACCCUUUGGAGGCGUAACGGCAAUGGCGACCCGGUGUGCAACGCCUGCGGGCUCUACUAUAAACUGCACAACGUCAACAGGCCAAUGACCAUGAAGAAGGAGGGCAUCCAGACACGCAACCGCAAGAUGUCCAGCAAGUCCAAGAGGGGCAAGCGGUCCGGAGACGGCUACGAUGAGCUGUCCAAAUGCAUGCAUGACAAGUCCUCUCCCUUCGGCGGUGGCCCCGGCCUGGCUGGACACAUGACCCAUAUGGGCCACCUUCCCCCCUUCAGCCACUCCGGACACAUGCUGCCCACUCCCACUCCCAUCCACCCUUCGUUCGGCCAUCCUCACCAUCACUCCGGACGGUCGCCGGCCUGGGCUGAGCACUGAAACCUCCUGAAGCCCCUCCAUCACCCCUCCACCAUAUCAUCACCACGACUGCUUCUGUUUCUAGAGGGGUAAUUGGGCUCACUGUCAGUAGGACAUUGUUUUGCCUGGCCUCAUUUAGAGAAUGAUGGAGAGGAGACGUGACUGAAGGGAGAGAGGACGUGAGAGGGCGAAGGUGAAGCGGAACAUGGGCGUGUUGAGUUGCUCCCUUCAAGUUGCCUUUUUUUACUAAGUCACUUUGGUACCCCUCCCACCCUAUGAGAGAAAAGAUGUGAGGUAUUAGGAGAACCACUGCUUUCCCCUCCUGAACCUCUGUAGU